AUGGCAAAGGAGUUAGAGGUGCAAGAGGCCGGAGCAACGGCACCGAGAGACUACCAGGAUCCGCCUCCGGCGCCAUUGUUCGACAUGGAGGAGCUUCGGAGUUGGUCGCUCUUUAGAGCAGUCAUAGCUGAGUUCGUGGCCACACUUUUGUUUCUCUACAUCUCAAUCCUCACCGUGAUCGGCUACAAAGCUCAGACAGAUACAGACGCCGGAGGAGUUGAUUGCGGUGGCGUAGGAAUAUUGGGAAUUGCGUGGGCUUUCGGUGGAAUGAUCUUUGUCCUCGUCUACUGCACCGCCGGUAUCUCCGGUGGUCACAUAAAUCCGGCAGUGACGGUGGGGCUGUUCAUUGCUCGGAAAGUGUCUUUGUUGCGGACAGUGUUGUACAUUGUGGCUCAGUGCCUCGGUGCCAUCUGCGGUUGCGGUCUUGUCAAAGCAUUCCAAAGUUCUUACUACACCAGAUAUGGAGGUGGAGCCAACGAGCUCGCCGAAGGCUACAACAAAGGUACCGGACUCGGUGCUGAGAUCAUCGGAACUUUUGUCCUCGUCUACACGGUCUUCUCGGCCACCGAUCCCAAGCGAAGUGCACGUGACUCUCACAUUCCAGUUUUGGCGCCACUUCCCAUUGGUUUUGCCGUCUUCAUGGUUCACUUAGCUACCAUUCCCAUCACCGGAACCGGAAUCAACCCGGCCCGUAGUUUCGGAGCCGCCGUUAUCUACAACCAAGAGAAGGCCUGGGACGACCAAUGGAUCUUUUGGGUGGGACCGAUGAUCGGAGCAGCAGCGGCUGCGUUAUACCAUCAGCAUGUUCUAAGAGCGGCUGCGAUUAAAUCUCUUGGCUCCUUUAGGAGCGUUACUUAA